GUCUCGGGUCACAGCAAGCAUCGCAAAACUCCUUCUGAAAACUUACUGUUUGGCAAAACAGGGGACAAACUGGCAAGUAACGGUGCUUUGAAAGUUAACAAGCACCUCCAGCUGGAAGGCUAUGACAACAUCUAUGCCAUUGGGGACUGCGCAGAUCUGAAAGGACCAAAGAUGGCCUACCAGGCUGGGCUCCAUGCCAACAUCGCGGUGACAAACAUCAUCAACAGCCUGACAAAUAAGUGUCUUAAAACCUACGAACCAGGGUCACUAACCUUCCUGCUUUCAAUGGGCAGGAACGAUGGCGUAGGCCAGGUGAACGGUUACUAUGUGGGGCGUCUCUUGGUGACCAUGGUUAAGAGCCGGAACCUGUUUGUCUCCAAGAGCUGGAAGAUGAUGGCACAGAAAAUGCCCUCUUAA